CAGAGGAUCCAUAACAUUCGAAUGAAAUGCCCAGCCCAACAAGAAGGAACACAACAUUUCUCUCUCUCUCUCUCUCCAAUGGCAACUGCCAUGGCCACUGUAGCAACAUCCACCACCUCACUGUUCACCCCUUUCGUUCCCCUCCGCUCUAACUCCAAAUUCUCACUAUUCUUCCCAACGCUUCACUUUCCCAACUCCAAAUACUCCAUCUUUGUCCUCUCAUGUUCACCUCCGAAGACAAUUCCGGUGACGGAGCAACAAGUUUUGAAAGCAAUUGCCGAUUCAUCAGACCAAAAGAGACUCCCUUGUGUCCGAACAUUCGAAAAUGAUUUGUCUCAACUCACUCUCGUCGGAGCCGUUGAUUUCCGUCAGGCUGUAACGGCUGCUGCCGCUGAUGGCGGUGAAGUUGCCUCUGAACACAUUGACGCCAGUAUGGAUGCCAUGGUUGUUGAAACCGUUUUUCCUGCUUCUUCUAGUGACCAUGGCACUGUAUCUACUCGAUUGUUUUUACCUGCUAGGAAAGUUAAAGAAAAGGCUGCUAAGCUCAGAAAGUCUCUCUCACAAGAUAUGUUUUCCAACACUACAUCUAGGAAUGUACUGGCUAUGACCUUUAGGCAAGUGGUUUUGGAGCAGAUUUGGAACUUUGAUCUCAUUGUCUUUCAACCAGGAGAAGAACGAAAAAUGGAAGAUCUCGAAAACCCGAGAGAGGUUCCUGCGUCUUUCACUCUCAGCUCAUCCGAUGAAUAUCUUAUGUCCGUGCUUGCAGAAGUUGUUUGCAUCUCUGCUCUCCAAAACACUCAAAGGCAAUUUCUUGAUAAAUCACAGGGUGGAAGUAGAAGUGGUUUCUUUCGCUGGUUUCAAAAGCCUGAAAGGAUACAAUCAAAAGAUUCUGCAGUCAUCUUGCACAAAUUAUUUGAAGAUGAAAUAGUGGAAAAUGCAAAAAGUCUAUUGGAUAACUAUCAUUUAAUGAAGGAUGGACUCAAGCCUGUGAAAAUAAAAUCAGGGCCUUUCUGGUGGAAGCCUUCCUGUUAUGAAAAAUUAGAGAAAAUUGGUGGUUCUGAUUUCAGUGCUUGGACAAGUGAGUAUGUACCUGUAUAUCGGUUAGAGGUUGACACCAAGAUAAUGGGAGAUGCAAAAUUUCAGGGCUGGAAGAAAUCUUCAGAUAAUAGGUGGGAAGUUCUUUUGACCCACUCCCAAAUGGUUAGUUUGGCAGAAACGCUAGAUAUGUACUAUGUUGACCCCUAUUCUCUACCUGAUAAGGACUUAUCCUGUGGAGUGGUGGCCGAGUAUGUCAACGUCUCCAGUAGAAAGGGGAGUUAUUUAUCCAAAUUUUUGUCCGUCACCCUUGCAACUGGCAUGUUUCUUGUAGCGAUCAGUGCUCUUGGUCAAUUUUGGCUGCCUCGUUUAAGCAAGGAAAGGAAACACCCUGUAGAACAUAGGUCUCUACCUACAUCUGAAGUCAAUAUUAUGCAUGACAUUCUGGAUGCAACAAAGGUGGAAGAGUUUUGCGUGCCAGCUGUUGCUAAGGUGAAGGAUGCUUUUGGCUGGUCAGAUGAAAUUAAAGUAGAUGGUAUCGGUGCCUGGAUUGGAGAAUUACCGGCAUAUUUGAGAGGUGAUGGUGUUGAUACACUUUCUACUUCUUCAGAGGAUAUAGAUGCAGAUGUCAAAGUGUCAAUGCAGGAUAUUGCUAGUUACCAGGUGGUUUUCUCUAGUGAGGGGAAGAUAGUUGGUUUUCAACCCUUGAGUCGAGUGGCGGUUAAUCAGUGGGCUGAUAAUCCUCUGGCAAGGGAGCUGUAUGGAGGGAAAAAGCUUUCACCGGGUAUCAUUGAACCAGGUCUCAGGGUUCUCCUUCCAGAAAAAGUUAUUGUUGUAGAGUUGCUCAUGUCAGUAAAACCAGAUGUCUAUUUUGCAAUGGCCAGGCCAUAUCAGUGAUCCUUUUCUUGGUAUAUAUAAUAUAUAUUCAACAAGGCUAGAAGUUUGUUUUUUUGGGGGGUGAAACGUUAGAAGAUUGUUGGUCUUUAGUAUAUUGGUUUUAAGAAUAUAUAUGGUAGCUCAUUCUCUUGUAAGGGUAGCACGUCUAAAGCUUGUUCUCAAUUGUUUGUGACGACUCCAAAUUGUAUUGAAUAUUUUAUUGAGUUAGAAAUGCAAUAAUAUUUUUGUAAAAGAAAAA